UUUUCUUUCACCCCAAGCUGAUAUAGACGUCAAAACAUUUGGCCAUUUCUGAAGGAGCUUUCCAUGCCAAUCCUCAACCUUUUUUUAAUCAUUCUGUCCCCAUAAAAGGCCUCGACAUUAACUCUCACUCCCACUAACAACACAAACACAAACAGAGAGGAAAAGAAGAGGUAAUGUCUGCUAUGAACAUUGGUAUAGGACUAGCCAUCCUUGCUCUAGCGGUGGCAUGGAGGGUCCUGAACUGGCUGUGGCUGAGGCCGAAGAAGCUUGAGAGGCUUCUUAGGGAACAAGGCUUCAAGGGGAAUCCAUACAAAUCCCUGACUGGAGACCUGAAAGAGUGCGUGAAGAUGAUAAAAGAGUCGAAGUCUAGACCCAUCGGACUCUCAGAUGAUCCAGUGCCUCGUAUCCACCCCUUUGUCCUUCAAUCUGUAAACACCUAUGGCAAGGAUUUUUUCAAAUGGAUGGGACCGACUCCAACACUGAACAUCAUGAACCCUGACCAUAUCAAGGAUAUCUUCUCAAAGAUAUAUGACUUUGAAAAGCCGUCUCCGAAUCCACUAGUCCUGUUAAUAGCGAAUGGACUUCCAAACCAUGAGGGUGAGAAAUGGGCAACUCACAGAAAAAUCAUCAACCCUGCCUUCCACUUAGAGAAACUCAAACUCAUGUUGCCUGCCUGUUAUUUAAGCUGCAACGAGAUGGUGACAAGAUGGGAGAAGUUGAUAUCCGCUGAGGAAUCAGUCGAGCUCAAUGCAUGGCCUGACCUGCAGAAUCUGACCCGUGAUGUGAUUUCUAGAACAGCAUUUGGGAGUAGCUAUGAAGAAGGGAAGAGAAUUUUUGAGCUUCAAAUAGAGCAACUUGAGCUCGCCAUCCAAUCCAUGCAGACAAUCUACAUCCCAGGAUGGAGGUUUGUCCCCACGAAAAUGAACAGGAGGAUGAAGUACUUGAAUGAAGAAGUGCACUCCUUGCUUCGUGGGAUCAUCAGUAGAAGAGAAAAAUCGAUAAGGGCAGGGCAGACUGCUACUGUUGAUCUUUUGGGACUGUUGCUGGAGUCGAACAUGAAGGAAAAACAGGAAAACAGAGGAAACAAGUACACAGGAAUGAGUAUUCAAGAUGUGAUCGAGGAAUGUAAGGUUUUUUAUUUUGCCGGGCAAGAGACUACCUCAAUCCUCCUUGUCUGGGCGAUGAUAUUACUGAGUAUUCAUCCUCAGUGGCAAGACCGAGCAAGAGAGGAGGUUCUGCAAGUAUUUGGAAGAGAUGGAAAACCUGACUUUGAUGGGCUGAAUCAUCUUAAGAUUGUUACGAUGAUCUUGUAUGAGGUUAUGAGGCUAUACCCACCAGUGACAAUGAUCAACCGCUUCACCCGCAAGGAAAUGAAACUUGGUAAACUAACUAUACCAGCCGGGUUAGAACUGUCAGUGCCCAUAUUACUUGUCCACCACGAUAAAGAGCACUGGGGAGAGGACGCCAAGGAAUUCAAGCCUGAAAGGUUCUCCGAAGGAAUCUCAAAGGCGACCAAGAACCAAGUUGUGUAUUUACCGUUCGGUUGGGGCCCUCGAAUCUGCAUUGGCAUGAACUUUGCAUUGAUUGAAGCGAAGAUGGCGAUGGCAAUGAUACUGCAACGGUUCUCAUUUGGGCUUUCUCCUUCUUAUGCACAUGCCCCAACAACAUUCAUCACUCUCCAUCCCCAGCAUGGUGCUCAAAUCAUUUUGCGUAGUGCUGAAUGAGCUGAUCACACGUUAUAUUGUCAACACAAGACACACGAAUAGGUUUACCAUCGGCUUAUCACUUAAUGAGAGUUGGUUUAGUAUAGUAAUCCUUGUAAUAAAAAAUUGUCGUUUGUGUUCAGUUUUUUUGUGUUCUAAUAAGUUCUUCCUUCUCUGGUCAUAGUUAACUAUGCAUUGUGUAGGAUUUUGAGCUCGUCUGCUCCAACAUUGACGAUCUGCCUGUUACAGUAAUUAAGGUUGCUUGCAGAUGUACAUGUUAAAGAAAUGAAGGUGUUACUGUUCAAGGGA